CAUCCUACCGCUAGUUUCGCUGUCUCCAGCGGAACGUUUUGCAUUUGCGUCAUAUCAACUCUUUAGUUUCCGGGUCACUGAUCCUGAUCCACGCGUUGCAUACGCUUGUAUCUGUCUUCGUUGUGCCUGAACACUUUUGAGCAUCGUUAUGGCUCCGCCUCGCUCCAAGAAGCGCCGGCCGACGUUCCGGCGGCUGCUGAAGACGAGCAACAUGAAGCUGGAGAACAAGUUGAAGAACCGGCAGAUGAAACGACAAAACUGUGACAAGAAGCAGCGCAAGGAGCACAAAAGGAUGCGGCAGGCGCUGAAGGGCGCGGCGCUCGCCACGCCGCGCCCGCUCGACGCCACUCCCCGCAGGUCCGAGGAAGAGGAGGAAGAAGACUUCCUGGAGAGUUUGCCCACCGACAUGAUGGAUGACGACAACUUGCAACGGAUGUCCUCGUUCCUCAGCAGAGACCUGUCGUCAUGUGGGCCGGUGCACGGCGCCAAGAAGCGAAAGUCGGAGGUGAUGCGAGGGUACGAGAAAAUUCCCAGAAAGAUGACUGUUGCGCCUGAGACGGAAGUAGUGCACCUGCUGCCAAUCAAAGACAAGACUAAACUCAUCCCACAGAGCAUACACAGAGUGGUGACGAAACAGAUGGAGGAGGAAGAGGACGAAGAAGAACAAGAGGAGACGAGACAGGAGGCUGAAAACGGGGAGGCGGAGCUAGCGAGCGGCACGCCCCUCACGCCAGCACAGCAACAGGAAGUGAGAGCGUGCAAGAUCAAAGAAAAGAAGUUGACUAUUGCACGCCUGGCGUCCACUGUCAUCUCAAACCCUGUCAAAAAUAUGAAGUGUGUCAAGCAGUUGCGUGGGAUGUUGAUGGAGGCGGAUCCUCGGGUGGCGGUGACUGUGAGGAAGUUGGUGAUGGUGUCCUUGAUGGAAAUCUUCAAAGACAUCGCCCCCACCUACAAGAUACGAACUUUGACCGCAGCAGAGAAAGCCACCAAGGUGAAGAAGGAGACGCAGGAGCUGCGGGAGUUUGAGGAAGGACUGCUGAGUCAGUACAAGUUCUACCUGGAGGACUUGGAGCAGUGCAUUAAAGACUGGAAGCAGAAAAAGAGCAAGCGCAGCCGGGCGGUGUCUCUGGAGUGCUACUCGGGCCUGGCCGGGGUGGCCGUGCGCUGCCUGUGUGAACUGCUGCUCGCCAUGUCGCAUUUCAACUUCCACAACAACAUCCUGGUGGCCUUGGCGCCACUGAUGAACGACUCCGACGAGACGGUGUCCGACAUGUGCUGCCAGGUCUUCGCCAAGCUGUUUCGCCAGGACAAGGUGGGCGGGGCCUCGCUUGCUGCCGUGCGAGUCAUCUCUGGGCUCGUCAAAAGUCUCAACUACAAUGUCAGGCCCAAGGUGCUGCAGACACUGCUGAACGUGAGGAUUCAGGAAGUGCACGUGAAGAAGGACCUGAGCGACAUCACACCCACCGCCAGGACCAUGAGCUACAAAGACAAGAAGAGCAAACUGUCACGCAUGCAACGCAAGUGGAAGAAGGCGGAGGAGAUGCUGCAGCAGGAGCUUCUGGAAGCUGAAGCGUCAGACAGCAAAGACAAGAAGAUCAAAAUGCACACGGAGACUCUGAACAUGGUCUUCCUCAUCUAUUUCCGAAUUUUGAAAAAAUGUCAGAAGUCUGUCCUUCUUCCUGCCGUCUUGGAGGGGCUGGCCAAUUUUUCCCACUUGAUCAACUUGGAGUUCUUCGAUGACCUGCUCAAUGUGCUUCAGAGCCUUAUCCAAUCAGGAGAUCUGACCAACCGGGAGAUUCUUCACUGCAUUCAGACUGUCUUCACUAUCCUGUCAGGACAAGGUGACGUCCUCACGAUCGACCCUCUGAACUUUUACGCUCAGCUGUACGCCAUGUUGCCUAGUCUGCAUGCAGGGGCUCCCAAUGAUGACAUCAUCAUCGUGCUGCGCUGCCUGGAUGCAAUGUUGAUCCGCCGCAGGAAGCAAGUGAGCCCCCAGAGGGCGAUGGCGUUCAUCAAGCGUCUCGCCUCGCUCAGCAUCCACGUGGAUGCCAACGCCGGUGUGGGACUCCUCGCCGCCACCAGGGCGGCGUUGCACUCGUUUCCCAAGUGUGACUUCCUGCUGGACAAUGAGGUUCAGGGCGGCGGCUUCUACCUGCCAGAACUUCACCAGCCGGAACACUGCAACGCUCACAACACCACCUUGUGGGAGCUGCACACGCUGCAGAGACACUUCCACCCGGUGGUGCGCCAGCUGUCAUCCCAUCUGAGUCGCGGCGCCCCCAGCGAAGGCGCCGCUUCGCUCCCGCUCGAUUUGACUCGCAGGUCGCCGAUGCAGCUGUUUGUAGAUUAUGACGUCAAAGACAUGAACUUCAACCCCCCAGUAGCUCCGCCCAAACACAGGAAGAAGGAGGUUUUCAGACUGGAUUGGUCGCUGCUGGACAUUGACCUGCAGCGACGCGUUGAUGACAUCCUCAGUGGCGGUCAGGAGAAAUAUUAUUUGGUUUAUUCACCCGACGAGGAUGACAAACUCCAGUUCGGGUCAGGUCGGGAUUCGGCGAGGACGACCAAUGAACUUCAGUCGGAUGAAGUCGUGACCCGCAGGACUCUCAGCCCGUCUCAGAGGCGGACGUGUGGACCUGUUGGAGGUCUUACACGGUUGAAGGUAUUGGCAAAUUCUCUGAAUCGGGAUCUGCCGGACGUGCCUGCAGACAGGCCGGCAGCGUGUCAGUCGCGCGCUCCUGAAUUGAAGCGUCCACGCCGUCGUGUUGUGUGAGUCACGUCGACGCGCGCAUGAGAGGUGAUCUCAGGCGCUCCUGUCGAGUAAUCGUGCAGCUUAAUCGCAAGCUCGCUGUGGCAAACCUGUCAGGUGGAUGGAGCAUCUUGGCAACGGAGAAAUGCUCACUAAUGCAGAUUUCUGAAGAAUAUUUGAGACAAAAAUCAUUUGUAUAUCUUUGAGUUAAAUUCUUGAAAAUUGGAGCGAAAAGAAACAUUCAGCCUGUCAUCUUACAUAGUUGGCUAAGAUUUGUUGUCAAAGAAAUCUCGCACAGUGUAUCACUUGGACAAAAUGGACUGGCGGAUGAAAUCCAACAAAAGAAGCAAGCCUAUCAGAUUUUUUGGGGGGAAAGUGGCGCCACCUGCUGUGAGGAAAACUGAACACACUAGUUGACAAGCCAAGUGUCCACAUUCCGCCGAGAAUUCCAAACGGGAACCACUCAAAACCAUGGAACAAGCACAUACACACAAACACAUUCCAAAGCAGCUGCACGAUUUGAGGAUGUUCGUCGACCAAUCAGAUUCGAGCUUCACAAGUCCGUCACGAGCGCAAAUCUUUUCCCAUUUUCGGUCAAAGUCGACUAAGACUGUGUGAGUGAUUCUGUGUGCGCAUGUGCGUGCAUCCAAGAGAGAGAAAUGUGAAGGUGAUCAAUUGGUGACCCCUGCUCUUGCCUUACGAGGGGGGGGGGUUCUUGGCGGGGCUCCCAUGUCUUCUCAGCUCCUUUUUAGGACUUGAUGACAUUCAUGUUUUACUUGUUGGAUUUCAUCUACACAUUUUACAUGCACGCGCGCUUGAGCAGGAAGUCGUCUUGCGCGUCGUCUGUCUUCCUUUUAAGGAGAGCGAGUGUGUGCGCCUUCAUCUUGACCUUUGACCUCAUCUUCAUCCCGGCCCUCGACUACAUUUCCCACAAUCCCCAGGCUGCGGUCACAGCAGAAACCAAAGUAGAACUCGCACCUGGCAAUUGGUCGAGCCGGCUGAGGGGCGUGUCAGAAAAGGGAGGUAGGACCGGGAGUGACCCGAGGUCGGCGCAAGGUCAACGGGCCUCAUUGAGGAUAGAUGGGAAAGUAGACCUUGACAAGUGUUCGGACCAGGAGGAAAAUCACCUGGAAUGGGAGACGCGUCGUGGGCGGAAAGCAUGUUCGAAGCGAACUAGGAGAACGACCGAGACAAGAACCUGAAGCAGGA